AAGACGAUCUGGGUAUCAAUGCUCCAACUACUGUAAGAAAUCGCAGACAUUCUCCUACCAUUGAAGAAAAAAAGGUCGAAAUGGAACUUGCCUUCAAAGAAGCUAAGCUAAGAGCAAAGUAUUCUGCUUGGUCCAAGGGAAUUAAGACCCUCGAAGAUCGUAAUACAAGAAUUAAUGAGGAAAAUUAUCAGAGCUCUAAGCCUCUUGCCCGCUAUGCUACUGAUGAAGACUUGACAAAGUAUCUCAAGGAUCGUAUUCUUGCCGAUGAUCCCAUGGCGGAGUUUUUCAAAAAAAAGAAGGAAAAACAUGACAAAAAAAAUCUCAAAGAGAAAAAAAGAAAAAGAGGUGGGCGCUUUUACAUUUACGAGUUGUCCUAUGUUCUUUUUAACGGCGAGCCAGAAGCAAGCUCCUCCGACAAUGAUGUCAGGACUGAUGCGCGACCCAGGUAUGCUGGUCCUCCUGAACCGCCACCAAACAGGUUUAACCUUUGGCCAGGAUUCCGAUGGGAUGGAGUAGAUCGCAGCAAUGGCUUUGAGAGCAAAUAUGUGGAAGAGAUCGCUAGGAAAAAGCUCGAGAGGGAACUUGCAGACCAAUGGGGAAUGGAGGACAUGUAG